AUGACGGACUGGUGCAAGCAGUUAGGGUACGCCUAUGUGAACGUGUACGACGAUGAGAAAUUUGAGGAGGAGUUGAGGACGGUAAAUUUGUUCUCACCCCGGAAAAGAACCGAGCCGGUAUACGAGUUGAACGACUAUGGACGGAAGUUGUCGAAAGUCCUUCUCACUUGCGUUUCCACAUUGUUCCAUGACAUUGAAAAGCUACGAACGCAAUGUAAAGAUGACGCUGCGUGGAAAGGAAUGCAAAUUCACCUACGCGAGAAAAAUAAUAAAGAGAAUCCACUCGGCGAAUUUUUUGACAACUGCGGAUUUAUUGUUUCGAAAGAUUAUAAUGGCUAUGAAGGCGAAUUGCUUAAUAAGCCGGAGUGCACGGGUAAAUAUAUUUAUGAUAGCCUCUACCUCAAUUCAAAAGGCUUAUUACCAGGUCAGUUCAGGGGUCCGUUUACAUAUCUUUACCGUUAUCUUCAUAAGUAUAAUGAAGUAUGCCACAUAGCUACAUUCACCGCAAAGAGACAUCCAUGUUCCGUGAACGAAAUGCUACAAUGGUUAAGCGGUCUCCCGCAUAACAAUGUUUUUGAACAACUUAAGAAACACAUUAAAACACUGUGCGACAAACCCGAUGACCAAAAGGAUAUCGAAUAUUCACAGAUUCAUUCCGAUAAGCUAACAUUCCAUGCGUAUCCUGAAACAUUAACGGCAGCCGAUUUGCGUUUGACAUUAAGUGACAUCUGCUCAGAUUCACGUAAUAUACUCACUUCUAUCCUGGGCAACGGCGACGCCUAUACGACAUACGCCUGCGACCUCUCUAACAAUUCCUCGGUUUUACAUUACCCCUCUAAUCCAUCCGCGUGCCUCGACAUGUUGCUUGACAUCCUGCGUAGAAUAUUCCCUCCACUUAAAUUUCUGCUGAACCAGUGUAACAAUGCGUCAUCCGACUGCGGUUGGUUGCAGUGCAGAUACGGUAAAGACAUUCGCCCUUCCAAAUCGCUGUGCAAUGAGCACACCAAAAGCAAAAUUGAUUGCGAACCCACUUCACCGUUAAUGUCUUAUCUCACAGACGGUCUUCUCGGUCACCUACCUCACACUCUAACAUCUAUUGGCUGUAGAGCUGUGUGCAUAAAUUGUCCUACCGGCAAACCAGGAAUGCCGUGUCUGACACCUCUUGGAUUCAGAGGUUUCUCAGGCAGUACACGUAGAGGCAAAGACCUAUGUAACGUGCUAGGCAAAUUGUUGACCAAUGUACAUAUCAAAGCCCUGCUCAGCCUCGGCACCAAAACGCCGGCCACCUUAUCCGAGCAUUUCGGUUUUGUUUCCUCUCUCGUUAACGGUUGGCAUAAUCGCACAAACAUUGAUAAAGACGGUGUUCAAAAAUCCUUCGAGGACGCCAUCACCAAACUAUCCAUUGCGCUGUACGAAAAACCUGCAGAACUUACAGAUGCGCUUCGUGAUGCAUACGGUUCUGAAUCUGUUAGUCAUUCGAGUUGCCAGCAUUCGCAUCUGUUGAAUCUUACAGAUUUUGACACCUGUAACAGAAAUGGGCUGCACUGCGCUCCGUAUAUUACGUCGCUCUGCGGAGAUUAUUACACUUAUCUACCAGUCAAGAAUUCUAACACUUACCUCUCCUGGGCCAUAUACCUCCCAUGGACAUUUUGGAUCUACUCAGCAAUCUCUAUACUGCUUUCUGCGCUAUCAACUGUCAGGAUUGGGGAUGCCGUGGAUGUCUCAGAGGAGACAAGUGCAAGAGUGGCAAGCAUGGUGUCGUCGAGGAUGAGAAGAAAGCAGACGCCGUGUGUCAGUGUGAUUCAAUAG